AUGCAGGCACUGCCAGGCUGCAUCUUUGCAGAUUCUGCACUGCGCAAUUCUAGAGCCGAGGAUGAGAUGAGAGCUUGGAGAGGAGCUAUGCCCGUGCCAGCCAGCCGUCCAUCAUUUAUGGUCACGGUCAUGAUUAUCAGCAGCAGCAGAGCGGCGCCUGAUCCCCAUGCCCAACCGGCCCCCCAACGCGAAGAGGGCGACUAUUAUUUUCGUAGACCAGUAGACACUCGAGCACUUGGAGCACAGUCGACGCCGAGACAGUCCAGGGACAUCUCCAGUGUGGCACUGUACCACCUCCUCCGGCCAAUUACUUGGGGUACCUUCAUUCUUGUUGCGCGAGUUAGAGCCGUAGAGGAGAGGAGGACAGGAGAUGAGCCACCCGGGUGUUUUUGCUUUCUCACAAGUGUGUCGAGGCCGGACCUGCGCGAUCCUCAGACGGCGUUCCAUGCCAGAGCGCGGGGAGGCCUAGAAGAAGUGGCUGCUAUGGCAUCGUGGGUUUGGGGCCCAUCCUAUCCCAUGCCAUCCCUUCCCCAAGCUGAGCCGGUGGCAACAAGCUCCGUUCUCGUGUUGGCGUAUCAGAAACAGAAGCCUCUCCGUGAGCAAUAG